AUGGGGGUAAUUAGCUAUAUAUAUAUUUCUGAAAUUUCAUUGAAGGUGAAAAAGAGUCUCAAGUGGACAUGCAAAGCCUGUGGAGAGAAGCAGUCAUUUUUGCGGGCUUAUGGUGAGGGCUCUGGUGCUGACUGUAGACGCCACGUCCAGAAAUUAAACCUGCUGCAGGGCCAGGUUUCAGAGAUGUUACCCAGGUCCGUGGAAGAACCUGUAAAUGCUGACGGGAAAGAUGCAGGUCCUGGGCAGGCUGAGCACGGGAGUCUGCAGGAUCAUGCUGGCCUAGCAGGGAAGGUCAGAGAAGGAAGCAGCCAUGAGGCCUGGGACACCAGGAAGCCCACUGGUCCUUGGGGGGAACUACUGCAUCCUGCCCAGCAGGUCAGGGCCACAUCUAAAUGGGAACAAUUUCUUCCAUCACCUGGAAACAGCUCACAUGUGGACACACAGCCCUUGACACCCCUACAGAGGGACCCCAGGCCAGCUGGGGCAGCACAGGCUGAGCAGCGAUCCCCCAGGACUCAAACUGCAAAGGAUGCGGAUCUCAGCAGGGUACCCAGUAUGCUCCAGCUUCCUUGGGCCAUACACACUCCUACGUCUGGGCCCAAGAGGCCCUUUGGGGAGACCCCUAAGCAGUUGCGGGCCAUAGGCCCUCAGGCAGAGGCCGGGCCCUUGGUCAAAGGGGCACAGGAGCCCCGACCCAUGCGACUAUGUGACCUCUUUAACACUGGUGAGGACUUCGAUGAUGUUCUGUGAACAGACUAGUAUGUUAUGUAGAUGUGUCUGUUACAUGAGCCCUUCUCCACUAGACCUGUGUCACUGCAGACAGGGUUCCCCGAGGUGCUGUUAGUGACUAGGACUGAGGAGGAUUUCAUGGGAACUAUUAAGAACUGAUAAUAAACAACUUUCAAACAGA